AUGUCCCUCCAGCAGGCAAACCCAUACAUCGUUGACGGCAAGGGACACCUCCUCGGUCGUCUCGCCGCCACCCUGGCCAAGGAGCUCCUCUCCGGCCAGAAGGUCGUUGUUGUGCGAUCCGAGCUCAUCAACGUCUCGGGCUCGUUCUUCCGCAACAAGCUGAAGUACCACGCUUACCUGCACAAGCGCCACCUGGUCAACCCCAAGAAGGCCGGUCCCUUCCACCACCGUGCUCCCUCGCGCAUCCUCUACAAGGCCAUCCGAGGCAUGCUUCCCCACAAGACCGCCCGUGGUGCCGCCGCUCUCCAGCGCCUGAAGGUCUACGAGGGUGUCCCCCCUCCCUACGACCGCAAGAAGCUGAUGGUCAUCCCCGCCGCUCUCCGCGUCCUCCGCCUCAAGCCCGGCCGCAAGUUCGCCACGAUCAAGCGCAUCUCGCACGAGGUCGGCUGGAACCACAUGGAGACCGUCGACAAGCUCGAGGCCAAGCGCAAGGUCAAGCAGCAGGCUUACCACGAGCGCCAGGUCGCCGCUUCCAAGAAGCGCGCCGCCGCCCAGACCGCCACCGCCGACAAGCUCAAGGACGUCAACGCCCAGCUUGCCUCUCCUCCUCCUUCGCAUUCACAGGACUCAAAAGCGCUCACCGCAAUGCCCAGACAUUACACAGAAAAGCAGAGCGGUGCAAAGGCACACGUCGAGGCUCCUCCACAUUUUGGCGGUCGAACCGGCGUGGUCAACGGAGGCCGCCUAGAGGAGGUCUUGUGCUGGCAUUCCAGCUUACAGACUCCAGAUCGGCACUUCAAGAGGCGCUGGAUCGACGCAAAUCGCACCUUCGACCCGCGUCUAAUCAAUCUCUCCCUCUCUAGUCAUGGCGCCGCGUAUCGUCUUGCAGGCUCUCUGAGAUCGAUCAACGUGCAGUUCACACCGCCGCCGCACCAAAGCACCAGCUUGCGUGACGAGCAAGCGCCGCCAAGUUCGCCCGCCAUGAGGAACAGCACAACUUACAUCCCUGUGCCAGCUGGAGCCCCUGCUCUGCCUCCCGUUCCGACACAGGCACCAUCAAUGCCGGCUUCAUCGAUGCCAGCCUACCAACGGCUGGAAACGCCAAUGGGCAGGCUGACGGAGCGCUCUCCUUCAUCGUCUAGUGCUCACGAGAUACCGCCCAGUCUUCAUCCCCGGUGGCAUGCAGCGGCAUCACCCGCACCCGCACCUUUACCCGAACCCGCUGAUCGAUCGAGCGCACCCCUUCCUCCGCGUCUCAAGAACCCGCACGAUCUCACAGUGCCUUCCGUAGCUCAGGAAUCGCUCUCAGUGCAUAGUCCCUCCUCGAGCAGUGCUCCGGGUCGGGUCAGCUUUGGACCCGGUGACCCGCUCUUCACUGCCAAUGCACCUGCUGCCUACCCCAAACCCUACUCUCACCAGCAGCCGCUUCCAGACAGGACCCACCACACUGACAUCGCGGGCACUCGAUCCGUUCCGAACCGAACUACAGCACGGCCAGAAGAUGUAAGCGAUGAGACUCCGUCACAACCCAUCAUCGAUAGCCGUGCCCCCACAGCAAGUCAUGGCGAGCCAGGACACGAAUUCGACGAUUGUCCAGGCUGCCGAGCCGAAUUGGAAGAUGCCAUCCAGGCCUCGUUGCAGACUGCAAAGCAAGAAGAAGAGUCGCGCCGCCGCGCACCUCUCGAGCAGCAGGAACUCGACCGCCUUUAUGCCAUCACAUCCGAGGAGGAGGAACGUCGGCGCCGACUAGCCAUGGAAGAGGAAGCUCUCCUGCUUCAAGCCAUCGAGGACAGUCGUCGAGAAGCCGAACUGCAGUCGCAGCGCCACGCUAAUGACGAGGACGUACUGCUCGAAGAGUCUCGCCAGCACGCCAUGCGCCAAAGAGACCAAGACGCCAUCAAAGAAUCGGAGAUGCUCGAAGCCGCCAAGAUGGCUUCCGAGAUGCACGAGCAACAACGUCUCCAACGCAUCGAGUCACUCCGUGAUGCCGAGCGCAAAGCUCUUCAAAUCAGUCUGCAGGAGCAGGAGGAAGAGUGGGCUCGACGCGAAAGCGCGGAACGUUCCUUGCUUGAAUUCUUAGAGCAACGCGGGCAUUCCCAGGACACUGCUGCACAGCUUCCGACGCCCCAGCGUCCUGGCUCAACAUCAGCAUCGCCAGAACCCGCCUCUAGACCAUCUUCAGCCGUCGCGGCAGGCGAUCUCGAAGCGGAAUAUUGGCGAUUCUCCGGCCAUGACGAAGCCUACCGACUCGCGCUCCAGAUGCAGCAAGCCUCUCUGGAAGAGCAUCGCGUUCAGACACGACCGGCUUCGUCUGGAUCGCGCGCACGCAGGCCUCUGCCACAGACUCCAACGCUUCGCAGCGACAGCUCGAAUUCGCAAACACAUCCGGGUGACUCGGACAGCCUGCACAACAUCGCACCAGAUCCGAGCACGAGCGGAGCAUUGGGUGGAGCUAAAGUACAGCCUAUUCCCGAUCCACCGCGCCCCGCUCUGCAACAAAGAUCGUCCUCUUCGAGCUCCAAGCCAUCCCAGUCGGUCGAGCCGCUCCCGCCGGAUCAAUUUCCUUCGCCUUCCUCGGAGUGGUACAACCCCUACGACGCUGUUCGCACGCCUGCUGGAUCCGGCGAUCCUUCGUCCGAUCCGUCCGAUCUCGCUCCGGCAUCGUACUCUAUACCCAAGCGGGUAAGCUCUCAACUUUCGACAGCGACAAGAGACGAGAGGGUCGCCAGCUCUUCUCCAGCUCCCGAGCAGAAGGGUCAGCGCGCUCUAGCUGGUAUCGACUUUGGCUACUGCAGUCUCCCCUUCGCACCGAACCUGGACAAGGCCGCUCAGCCUUCGCCUUCUCAGUCGUCCACGACUUUGUCGACGUCUUCGCACUCAACCUCCGUGUCCGGGCAGAAGGCGCGUUUUCCGGCCUCGAUCGUGCUGAGUGCUGCAGGAAAGGCCAGCCAUACUGCCGGGCUUGACGCCGCUUUCCCUCAAGGAAGCGCAGGCGAUGGAUCGUCCGGCAGCUUUUACGUCAUCCGGGCUCAUUCGUGGAAGAACCUGCUUCGGGCACUGGCUUGGUACGGAAACACCCGAGUCGAGGCUAGUCCAGAGGAUGUAGCAGCUGCAAGCGAACAUCGACCGGGGCGAUGUUUGCUUCGUGCCGAGAUUGAGUUUGUCACACCGACCAGGGUCGAUCUCGGCAUGGGAGUCGGCGAAUAUGCAAAGGCAGCACACACUUCGGCUGGCAUGCCCAAGCAUCCUUCUCCGGCACACGUGGCCUUGUGUCUGUCGCUUCUUCCCGUCUCGUCGGGGUCCUCCUCCGCAUCUUCGAAGGAAGCAGGUGCAUGGCUCAAGUCGGACACGUAUCGGGCGAUCAAGCACGAGUCCCGGCGUCUCGACGCUUGGUACGCGGGAAGGGGCUCGACGCGACGACUGAUCCAACUCUCGCGACAACCUCCUGCCUUGCCCGUGAUCCUGGUGCAGGUUGCCCAAGUGCUACACGCAUCCCAUGCAUUCAGCGCUGCUUGCCCUUCGUCGGGGUCGACUGCGCGCCACUCACCGCGCGACCUCCACCACGCCAUCGAGAGGCACGACGAAGGGUUUGUGCGCAAGCAAAAGGCAAUGCUGGCAGCGGGAUCCGCUCUAGCGUCGCAGACGGGCGGUUUGGGCAAUGCCUCGACUGCAUCGCUCGCAUCCUCAAAUCCACGCUUCAGCUUGUCGGGACCCUCUCGGUUCUCCGGCUCGACCGAGAUUCAUCGAGAGGGGGAUGAGGACCACUUUGGCGACGAUGACGACCCAGAUGUGGAUGUCGACGACUUUCACCUGCUCGAGCACGGACUCGCUGGCGACGGCUCGUUUGAUGCUCAGGACAAAGCACUCAUGGGCAAGCGUCACCGUCUCAAGGCCAAAGUCAAACGUCGCCUGGCCAAGCGCAGUGCGGAUGGUCGCGUGGUCGACGAAGACCUCGCUGCGUGGAUCACACCGUUCGAUCUGUCGCAGCACGGCUGA